GUAGCCAAUCAAUUUAACAUUUCACUCAAGGAGAGGCCACCAUUUCCGAAAUGUACCAUCUUUAAAUCAAGCAAUGGGCACUGUUUGGUUAUAUUUCCUGUUUGCUCUGUGUUUUCUUCCACCUUCCAUUUCUGAAUCCUCUUGAGAACUUGCAUAGUGCAUCAUCUACUUUAGAACAAUUUUGUUGGUUCGGCACUGGGAAAAAGAGUCUCCAUGCUGCUCUAGCGUUUCGUCUGCAGGCAAAAUUUUUACUGUGCAAACCAGGUUUGUCUAUCUUUUCCUCAGAGAAGCAGCUGAAGAGGAACACAAAACUUCUUGGUUGCGCAGCAGGUAGUGCAGCACAAGCAGCAGCCUGGCACUGUGAUUCCCAAGGAAUUCAUGCCUGUGACUGUGUGACAUGCCCAUCGGCACAUGGAGAUUUCACGAUCAGGGUAGCGAAGGAAGCAUCGAACAGAUGCUUGAUUGCUGGCCUGCUGCCGCAUCGGAUGUCCAGACAUGAACCAUCUCAAACGAAGCGAAGCAGAUGCUGCCGCAGUCCCAGGCUGUCUUUGAUCGUAGGAGUCAAGGUGCAACCAAAGUUUUUUUUUUUUUUUUUAGAAUAAGAGGGCAAGAGUACUGCCCCUUUUCAUUGACUGCCUCUUUUUUUUAGAAUAAAGGUGCAACCAAAGUUGCCACAAGGAUAAAGCAGGAGGGAAUCAAAACAAAGGCCUUUAUUGCUUUGCCACUGCUACUACUACCUCUCUGUGAAUCUGUGCAGUUUCAUUGUACGCUGAUCUCUCUGGUCGACCACCGGCUUAGCUGAGAGAUCCUACUCGUGCCCGGUGUCGAGGAGAGCGCGCGAUGGAGUCGGUGGCCGUGAACGCGGCGCGAUGGGUGGUCGGCAAGGCGCUGAGCCCGCUGUCGGGAGGGUUCGUCGAGGCGUGGGCUGCCACCACGGAGCUCGGCCCUAAUGUCGACGCCAUCAAGAUGGAGCUGCUCUAUGCGCAGGGGAUGCUGCACAACGCUCGCAGCAGAGAGACCAGCAACCCCGCGCUGCAGCAGCUGCUCCUGAAGCUCCGCGGCCUGGCCUACGACGCCGAGGACGUGCUGGACGAGCUCGACUACUUCCGCAUCCAGGACGAGCUUGAUGGCACCUACGAGGCCGCCGAAGAGCACGCCAAGGGCUGCCUCUAUGGCCUCGUGCUCAACACACGCCGCACAGUCAGAAACAUCAAGAAGAAGGCGUGCUCAUGCGGAGAUAAUGGGGAAGCGAGUCGCCAUACCAACGAUGGGGAAGCACUUGCAGGCAGCAGCUGCAUUCACAAGCUCUUUUCCAAUGCUCGAGAAAGAAGCCAGUUCCUCUGCUGCGCCUAUCCUUGCAAAGCAUCGCACAUAGAGCACACCAUGAAAACACCAAAGCUGAAGUUUGACAGGGUGGAUCUGUCCACAAGAAUGAAGCACAUCGUCGAGCAGCUAAAACCAGUCUGCGCCAAGGUCUCCACCAUCCUUAAUCUGGAGUUGUUGGAAUCAAACCGCAACAUUGGCCUCAUGAGUCUCAAUGCUGCGCUUUCCCGGAUGCCAGGGCAAGCACCUUUUCUUCCAAGCAGCGUUGCUAUGAGCCGGCCUGUAACCACUUCAGAGUUUAUAGACCCUAAAUUUCAUGGGAGGAUGAGUGAGAUAAAUAAAAUUAUUGGCAUUACUCGGGGUGAUUAUUGUGGCAAAGACCUGACCAUCAUUCCAAUUGUUGGUUCAGGUGGGAUAUGAAAGACAACUCUCACUCAGCAUAUAUACAAGGAGGUACAGAACCAUUUUGAUGUUAAGGUUUGGGUCUGUGUCUCUCUCAAUUUCAAUGUGUAUAGAUUGAAAGAGGAGAUUGCCAAGUUAAUGCCUGAACUCAAAGAUGAGAAAUCUGGUGGCCCAGACGAUUUAAUUGAGCAAAGGUUGAAAUCAAAGAGGUUUUUACUUGUCUUGGAUGAUAUGUGGAAUUGUGGUAAUGAGGAUGAGUGGAGAAGGCUCUUAGCACCCCUAAGAAAAGCACAAUCAACGGGAAAUAUAAUUCUAGUCACCACUCGUUUUCUAGCAGUCGCAGAAAUGGUUAAAACAAUUGAUCAUUCAAUACAGUUGGAAGGGCUAGAAUCUGAAGUGUUUUGGGAACUAUUCCAAGCAUGUGUAUUUGGUGAUGAGAAAUCAAUAGGCAAUCACGUGGACUUACUUGUCACUGGGAAGAAGAUAGCGGAAAAAUUGAAGGGCUCCCCUUUGGCAGCAAAAACUGUAGGACGGUUAUUGAGAAAUCACCUUGACUUGGAGCAUUGGACAAGUGUCCUCGAAAGUAGAGAAUGGGAACUGCAAACCGGUGAGAAUGAUAUUAUGCCAGCGCUAAAGCUUAGCUAUGACUAUCUCCCUUUUCAUCUACAGCAUUGUUUUACAUAUUGUGCUCUGUUCCCUGAAGAUUACAGAUUUGAAAGUGACGAGAUGAUUCACUUGUGGAUAGGACUAGACAUAUUACAAUCGCGGAAUCAAAACAAAAAAGUCGAAGAGAUAGGACUGAGCUAUUUGAAUGAUUUGGUUAAUUAUGGAUUUUUUAGAAAAGACAUGAACAAAAAUGGGUCUCCGUACUAUACAAUGCAUGACCUACUACAUGAGUUAGCACUAAAGGUUUCAUCAUAUGAAUAUCUUGCUAUAAGUAGUUCUAGUGUGAGAAGUGUGCAAAUUCCACCAUCUGUACGACAUUUGUCUAUUGUGAUAGACGACACGGAUGUAAAUCAUAGAGUGACUUUUGAAAAUGUUAAGAAGGAUUUUAGCACUCUACAUAAGAGACUAGAUGUUGAAAAACUACAGUCUUUGAUGCUAUUUGGACAAUAUCAUGGGAGCUUUGUCA